GUUCGUUUCGAGAGCGCUGUUAGCACCGAUAGGAGCAAAGGUCGACUGGUCUGGGGCCCUCAUUCCAACUACUUGUCAUUGACGGAUCAACAAGUUCACUAGUUUCUCAUUAUAAUUACCAUUUCGAUCAGUUUAAAGAAACUCGAGGAAUCAUGUCGGUUGCAACAAAAGGGAUCUACUUUGUAGCCGCUAAAAGAACCCCAUUUGGGAAAAUGGGAGGUGUGUUCGUCAACAAAAGUGCAACGGAUUUGUCAACUGUUGCUGCAACGAGUGCAAUCAAGGCAUCAGGUCUCAAACCAGAACAAAUCGAUCAUGUUAUAUUCGGAAAUGUUUUGAUUAUGACGACAAGUGAUGGUGCAUUGUUACCACGACAUGCUUCAUUGAAAUCUGGAAUUCCAAUGGAGAAGCCUGCAUUGGGAGUCAACAGAUUGUGUGGAUCUGGUUUUCAAUCUAUUGUGAAUGGGGCACAGAGCAUCCUCUCUGAGGAGUCUUCAAUAGUUCUCGCCGGUGGAGCCGAGAACAUGAGUCAAGCCCCAUUUGUAGUAAGAAACAUUCGCUUUGGAACAGCACUAGGGCAAAAAUACGAAUUUGAGGAUUCGUUAUGGCUCGGCCUUCUUGACACUUAUUGCGGUCUACCCAUGGGUAUGACAGCGGAAAAGUUGGGGGCCAAGUAUGGCAUCACGAGGGAGGAAGUCGAUAAAUUUGCUCUGAGAAGUCAUCAGAACUGGAAAGCAGCCAAUGAUAAUGGAUAUUUCAAAGCUGAGAUGGCUCCAGUUUCGGUUAAAACUAGGAAACAGGAAGUCGAAGUUACCGUUGAUGAGCAUGCACGGCCUCAGGUUAAGAUCGAAGAUUUCGCGAAACUUCCGUCGAUCUUCCAGAAAGAUGGAUUAGUUACUGCUGGUACAGCAUCUGGUGUGUGUGACGGUGCUGGGGCUGUGAUAUUAGCCAGUGAGGAUGCCGUAAAACGCGAAGGACUCAAACCCCUCGCUCGUUUGGCGGGAUACGCAACUGUAGGUGUAGAUCCUAGUAUUAUGGGGAUUGGACCAGCCCCUGCUAUUAAGAAUCUUCUGAAGAAGACCGGCAAGUCCCUGAACGAUAUUGAUUUGGUUGAGAUAAAUGAGGCAUUUGGUGCACAAACAUUGGCAUGCGCCAAAGAUCUCAAUCUCGAUAUUAAUAAAUUAAAUGUUAAUGGUGGUGCCAUUGCUCUUGGGCAUCCUCUCGGUGCGUCUGGAACGAGAAUAACUACACAUCUCAUCCACGAGUUGAGGAGACGCAGCGGUAAAUUCGGUAUCGGAUCAGCUUGUAUCGGAGGUGGACAGGGAAUUGCCCUUCUCAUUGAAUCUAUGUGAAUUUCCUUUUGAAAAACCUACUCUAUCCCAUGAAGAAUAAAAACUUGAGAAUAUUUUUGAUAAAGCCCUUUUAAUGGAACACGUUUUCUAAUCAAAAACUGCUGGUUAUUUAUUCCAGAGAACAAUUGCCUGAAUGCCUAACAAUUAUGCAAUGUAAUUUUCAUAUUCUUGAUAAACUCUUGUGUAAAAAUCA